UAACAAAGAUACUCUAUUCUAAACAGUCUCUGUUACUUCUACUGCCAUACUUAAUGCAAUUUGAUCUGUGGAUUCAGAUGAGUGCGUAGUGCAAGUUACCUUUACUGGUCAGCAGUUGGCGACUCGUGUGAGUAUUUCCAUUUGACAGAUUUCCAUUUGACAGAUUCCCUUUCUCAAGCGUGGACAUGCAGAAAGUGACGUUACAGUGAAGAUAUUUUCGACUCCUAAAAAGCUUAUGGUCCAAGUGUUUGCAGCAGGUGUUGGAUGAAGUUUCUGGGUCAAGUAUAUGGCUCCUUGAUGGCAGCAAUGAACCAACCACCAUAUGUGGGUUCCUGGGUUGAGCUGCAUUUUAGUGGUACUGGCUCUCAAAGUACCAGUCACCACGGAAGCCAGGAGCAAAUCCCCACGUCUAUUCAGGAGGGUGACGUAGAGAAAAUGCUACUAGAUGCACAGCACGAGUCGGGCAAAAACAGCUCCAGAGGAAGCUCUCAAUGCAACAGCCCACUUAGAGCCCAGACCCCCCUUCUUCUGUGGAGAGGCUCAGAGGCAAACAGCUCACAGUCAGAUGAAGACUUCCAAGAAAGAAGGCGGGAAGUAGAGAACAUGAUGAAGAAAAAUGCUGACUGGAUCUGGGACUGGUCUAGUCGACCUGAGAACAAUCCACCAAAGGAGUUCCUGCUGAAGUACCCUAAGCGCUCAACCUCUCUAAGCAUUAGGAACACCAGCGUCAUGAAGAAGGGAGGUGUUCUCUCUGCUGACUUCCUGAAGCUUUUCCUUCCUUCAUUAAUCAUUUCUCACAUACUCGCUGUUGGCAUAGGGAUAUAUAUUGGGAAGCGUCUAACUUCCCACAACACCUAUUAAGUAGGAUGGUGGUGUGUUGCGACACCUUCUUGGCAUGCCUUAAAAUGGGACCUUCUGAUGAUCCAGAGAGAUGUGGCCAUGUGACACGGUCCAAUUUGAUUGAGUGCCCCACUUAGCUCACACCAGCGUAGAGAGUUAAGGAUCUGUUAUUGCUCUUUCAUGGUGUUAACUGCUGAACACAACAGUGACCAAUCCUCUGCUCCUUGCUGUAGUCUUUAGCCUGGCUUCAAUAUGACUGUUUUGCUGCUUCCUGCUCCUUAAAUCUGCACGUUAGGGAACUAAUAUAUAUAAAUUGAUGUUUUUUUUUUUUUUUUUCAAGGGAUCAUUAGCCUAGUGUUAACUUGAUUGCUUCCAUUACUGAUUGCUGUAUAUUGUGAUUAUAAGAAAGCAUUGUUAAGCACUGACAUGGUCCAUUUUGUUCAUCCUACACAAAAUAAAAGUUGGAAAUUUA